UAAUUCAUGUCACAUAAGCAUACCCAUUGGCAUGUUUCUUAACAGUAGAGCUGCAGACCUCUUCCCUCAGGCUGAGUAAGGCACGUGUGCUCACAUGGGAGAAGAACACGUGUGGACUACUAGGAGACAUAUCAUGUUUGUCAUUGAGGGAUAAAUGUGAUGAAACUGCUACUGUUCUCUCACUAGUGCCAUGACUGCCUACCUGCCACCACCGCAGUACUUUAGCGGACAUGCUCACGCUACAGAAGGUGUCACCAACAUUCCAUUUUCAUGAGAUGUGUCGCCUCAAAAUACAUACUUGCAUUAUUUUGUAUCACUUGCAGAUGUUUGAUUACACCAACAUCACAGGGUUGAAAUGUUGCCGACUUGUAUAACUAAACAGUGGAUGUGUGAUGUGAACAUUGUAAACUCAGUGUGUAUAAUUCUAGUACAGCCAUGGCAACAUCUUGACGUAUCAGAGUGGAGACCACAAACCGCCAGCCCUCUCUGCCCUUCCCUGCAUAAGAGCUAUGCCACAGAUAUCCCUCAAGACAGACUGAGAGCAGCCGUUGAGGAACUCUAUGCACAGCUCCAGAACUAAACAUCUGAAAGGAAAAGAAAAGAGGCACCAAUAUGGAUAAUGCUACCUACUGCUACUCCACCGACUACACCCCGUUAACCACCAGCAAAUCCACCCGCAAAGCUGGUCACUCCACCACCAUCAGCAUGGGAACCUCAGAACAGAUCCCAAAGGACUACUUGGUUUGGUCCCUUUGCAACACUCUGUAUGUCAACUUCUGUUGCCUUGGAUUCCUGGCUCUCAUCUAUUCAGUAAAGGCUAGGGACCAGAAGACCCUGGGAAACUUAAAAGAAGCCCGGGAGAGCUCCGAAAAGGCCAAGUGGUAUAACAUUCUGGCGUCGGGAUGGAACCUGUUGGUGCCAUUAGUGGUACUGGCUGUUCUGGUGCUUCUGCUGCUCUACAUGAGAAGCAAUGAGGGAUCUCUGCCAUUUUUUGGAGAGCAAAAUGGCUUCCAGAGAUUUUUCAGUCAUUUUCAGUAAGUCAACCUAUGAAACGAUGAAAGACUGAGCCUAGUAACAAUUCAAGUCAAAAUCUCUAAAAUGAUGACCCUUUUUUUUCUCCAUAAUAACGGUUUCUUAAGAACAAUAUAGACCAGCCUUUCAUUCCUGUAAUGCACAGGGGAAAAGCUUGAAAUAAAUCUUAAUCUUGUUAAAUUUGUUUGUAUUGCAGAGUCAGUCCCUAAUGCCUAGUAUGAAUGACAUUUCUACGCCAUUCAAAUCUAUGAUAAUUAGCUGUUAACUGUUUAUACAACACUCUGUUUAUUUAUUUCUGAUGAUUUAACAACCUGUUGAGGCAUAUAUGCCUUAUCUUCUGACUCUGUUAAACUGGUUAUCCCUAUUUUUUUUCAGAACAUUUUUUAUAUCAAAUGACCUGCAGCCUUUUCCAUUUUUCCUCAUUUACUGGCUGACCCUUUCUUUUUUUCUUUCUAUGAAUUCUCUUUGAUCUAAACAUGAACCCAGAGUACUUUUCCCAAUUUUGGCUUCUAGCUGUCAAUACAGACCAAAAUGUUAUCAGUACCACCAUUGUAAAAUUGCAUCAACAGAACUCAGUGCACCUGUUUGAUGUCCAUUCUUAUCUAUGAUCAAUGUUCUGUAAAUUUGAAACAGUUUGGUUUCAGAGGAAUUUAUUAUUACCCUUUUGCAGUGCUUAUUGUUGUGUCCUACAACAUAAAUAAAUGAAGCAUUUUUGGUUCUGA